AAACAUAUGUGUUGAAUAUCUUUGUUAUUGAACCCACCAUUCCACGUUACUCAGAAAAUGUCUCAACCUUCACCUCCUCCCCUAGUCCUCUCCUUAUCCUUCCUCUUCCUCCUCCCCCUUCUCCCCGCGGCGUCCGCCUCUACCUCGGCCGCCUCCAUACAAAGCCUCCUCCUCAGCCAGGGCCUGCCGGGCGGGCUGUUCCCGGAAAGCGUCAAGUCAUUCAGCCUCGACCCGAACGGUCUCCUCGAGGUCAUCCUAGAGAGGCCAUGCCUUGCUAAGUUCGAGACCAAGGUCUACUUCGACAGCAUUGUGCGUGCCAACCUCACGUACGGGAGGCUUCAGGGCUUGGAGGGCCUCGCCCAGCAGGAACUCUUCCUGUGGCUGCCCGUCAAGGACAUCAUAGUCAAUGACCCUUCCUCGGGGCUGAUCCUGUUCGACAUCGGCCUUGCCCACAAGCAGCUCUCCCUAUCCCUCUUUGAAGACCCUCCUCCAUGUAAACCUCAAGGUGAUAAAGUUGUCAUAACAAAGAAAGGAGGGAGGAAGAGUAUGGGAUUUGGAUCUGAGAGAUGAAAAAUUAGAUCUGACAGCCUAAAAUAUGCUGUUUGUUGCCCUUUUUGGAGUUCUCUUUUUUCUUUUUUUCUGCAGAGGAGAAAAGAAAAGAGAGACUUGGGGUGUGAAUUUUUGCCGGUUGUUGCUUAGGAGAAAAAGAAGAGAGAAUAUGUAUGGACAUAUGGGAAUGGUAUAAUUUUUGUCAUCACUCGAGAAUUACAUCGAUUUUGUGUGUUUUUUCGCAUGGAUUUGUCCCAUCGUUUGCAUGUUUUAAUAGGAAAUGCAUUCUUUUGAGACU